GUCCAGACAUCCUGUUUGCCUAUGGCAACUUCCACCAAUGAUGUAUAUUCUGGAGUAGAUGCUGAAGCUAUUAUUGGAAUGCUGUCAAAAAUGGCUGUUGAGAUUUCAGUUGCAAGUAGCACAGUCUGUGCAAAGGAAGCAGUAAUCAAAUCCAUCUGUGACAUCCUGUCUCAGCACAGAGCCACCAUUUCAGAGCAUCGGACCAGCAGAGCACUUGUAGUGCCCUACAGUUUACGACAUCUCUCCCUCUAUGUCCUUGGACUGCUGAAGCAGGUUGCAUUCCAGAGCAGUGCUGAUAUAACCUUGGAUGAGCGGGCUUUUACCAUGUACCAACUGAUGACGCAGCCUCUGUAUUAUAUUAUGCAAAUGAUUUACCCAUCUCUCUAUCAAAUUGAUAAUUUAACAAUCAAGGAGUGUAUUCCAUCCAGCAAUGAAAGACCAACAUCUCCUCGGCUCCAUUUAUCUGUAGACCAGUUGACUUCUUCUGGUGCCUUCCUCCUAAACUGUGGUCAUGUUUUCUACAUAUGGGUUGGACAGAAAUGCAGUGAGAAUUUCCUUCAACGUGUGCUCGGUGUCCACUCUCACUCUGCUUUACCUGCAGAAUUGGUAAGCAUACUGUUGUCAGAAAAUGCUCUUCAAGGAGCAGAGCUGUGUAAAAGCAUGAGGUUUACAUUCUUUUUGCAGGAUAGUCAUAAAAUGAACAAUUUUGAGUAA